CCUUCAAGAGCUGUAACACCCGUGGCGACUGGCCGUACUUCGAUUUCGUCACAAUCAAGCUGGGUCGUGACGAAUUCGCCUAAACCAACUACAUCAUCAGCAUCUCCGUUGCGCACACUUGGGAGCGUCAAUACUCUGGGAACUAUCUCAUCAAGUUCACUCACUAGCACCACAUCUCCAGUGAUACCACCACCUCCGCGAAACCUCUCGAACACCUCUGUUCAUCACCCACGAUCAUCUUUAUCCGCUACUACCACUCCAAGCCCACUAUCCAAAGCCAUUUCUCCAGUAAAUACCACACCUACGGGAACAACAGGGAUCAACUUAGGUGGAUCCCUAUCACAGCAGCCAAUGUCCGCGACCCCCUUCAAACCCGCUAUACCUCCCCCACAAGCCAAUAAACCCAACUACAAUAUUAUCAUGCCGCCCGCGACGAAUGCACCACCCUCUAAUUCAUCCUUCCCUUCACGACCGACGACUUCACUGGUAAUGUCACCGGCGCGCAGCGCAACACCCCCAACAAUGGCGGCAAUGUCACCCAUGAUGGGUAACGUAAUGGCUCCUUCGGUGACACCUCAGUCGUCCUGGGGAGGAAUGCAACCUCUACAACCGAAGAAACUUACCAAAGACGAUUGGGGAGACUUUGAUCCUCUAAAGUAG